AUUACUGAUUCGCGACGGGAGUCUUUCGCGUCGCUGAGUCGUCAAGUGCCCGCGAUCGUAAUAGUUUAUUGUGCAUUGACAGCGACAGUAUGGAGAUGUCAUAUGCUAUUGGGGGAAAACAAGGCGAAGAUUUCGCCACUCGGAACUUAUGGCCCAGUAGCGAACAACGGGAUUUUAAUUGCCUAUCGCAGUUGAUUUUGACAUUUAAUUAUCUUAAGAUAAAACAGUGGGUAUAUAAACCCCUCCCGAUCAUCGCAAAAUUAUGUCUAAACAUCAACAUUCGGAUUCAUUUCUGGAGUUUCCCUGGAGACUAAUUUGAAACAAUUAUUUUUCAAUAAUUUUAAAAUUACGUUUCAAAGACAUGAAAUUUCGGAUUUCUAUAAAAUCCCACUAUGUUCUGAUGUUCAUUUGAAAUGGAAUUUUCUCAAACUAUACCUGUACGAUUUUACAAAUAUUGCUGCGCGUUUGAAGAGGAAAUUGAAAUUUCUUGCAAAAAUCUCACCAAAGACUUUAUUUCUGACGCCGAUUUCAACGUGAGACCGUACAAAUUAUACCAUUAUCCAAACCAUAACGAAGUGUUUGAAGAUACAGGGGACUCCAGAUUACCUCCCUUUGGUGACGAGAGUUCAGAAAAACCACCCAGAAACGCUGCAAAUUUUCGAGAACGCCAAAGGAUGCUUAGUAUCAACUCUGCGUUUGAAGAAUUAAGACUUCACGUGCCUACAUUUCCUUAUGAGAAGCGUUUGUCAAAAAUCGACACCCUUCGUCUGGCUAUAGCAUACAUUGCUUUACUCAAAGAUUUGCUGACUACGAACGUUCAGGACCCCAUUGAUUACGUGGAGGGAAUCCUGCAUUCUCCAAACCUUGCGGAAUCCCAGGUGCUUUGGAAUACAAGUGACUUAACAGCAAGGAUUGCCUGGAUAAAUUGGGAUAAUCUAGGUGUGUACCGCAGACAAAAGCCAUCUUAUCAGUUCCAGACGUAGACCAGUGAGGAAGAUUUGCUACACAUGCGCAUUGACCUCGUAAGGAAAUGACGUACCAGUCCAUGCAUGUACAUAUUUAUCUAUUUAUAUAUUUUUGUCUUUGCAGUCAUUACAUACUUUUACUUCCAAAAUGUUUACGUAAAUGUUAAAUAAAUUAUUUUAGAAAAUGU